AUGCUUGAGAACAUUGUUGCGUGGGUUCUUAACAACUACAUAGGUGAAUACCUUGAAGACCUGAACACAGAUCAGUUGUCUGUGGCACUUCUCUCAGGACAAGUAGAGCUAGAAAAUGUGCCUUUGAAGAAAAGUGCUUUGCGCAAACUUGAUUUACCAUUAGAGGUGAAGGCUGGUUUAUUGGGGAAGCUCACGCUCUCUGUGCCUAUAACACAUCUGAGAAGCGAGCCAUGGGCAUUGAAGUUGAGCGAUGUUCUCAUCAUUGUCGGUCCUCCAACACCUGAUCGCCGAUAUGACGUGGAAGCAGUGGAACGUGUUGAACAGCAAAAAAAGGAACAAAUGUUAGAUGAACUAGAAAAGCGACAUACAACAGAGUUAUUGUCAUUCCUUGGUAUCACUGUUCCGGCCUCACAAGACACGUGGUGGGGUGCAUCUUUGAUUUCUACAGUGUUAAAUAAUAUUCAGUUGAUACUUAACAAUGUUCAUAUUCGUUAUGAAGAUGAUUUGUCAUUGCCCAAUGGACUUGUAUUUAAUUGUGGUGUACGUAUACAAACAAUGACGAUGCAGACGACUAAUGCUGCGGGAAAGCCUGGAUUUGUUGAGCCUCAGUCGGGUGUGAAUAUAUUCAAAAAACUGGAAUUGAAGGGGUUUAGUCUCUACUGGAAUUCGGAUCAAAAAUUAUCGGAGCAUUUGAACACACCAAAGAAUUUGCGGGACAUACUUGCGCCGGAAGACCCUAGCAGUGCUUUUAUCAUCCAUCCUUGUAGUGCUGAGCUAAGAAUGGAAAGGAAUUCUAGCAAAUUUCCGCUCAAAGGGCAUACUCCUAGGUUUAAGUUCUUCCUGCUACCGGAAAAGAUUACCAUAGAAAUGACAAGGCGGCAGAUGGCCGAACUAAGGGCUCUCAAUCGAGAAUGGGCUCGAUUCGAGCGAGCACGACAACAUAGGAAGUGGAGACCAUUGACGAAAAUUGGCGAAAAUGCAGGAGAAUGGUGGCGAUUCGCUUACAACCGAGUAAGUGAGGACACACGACGAGCGCAGGCUCGUCGUUCUUGGCACUUUGCUCUCACUCGCGCACGUCACCUCAAUGCAUACUGUAGAGCGUAUCGGCGGCGGCUUUUAGCUUUGAUAGAAAACCCUGAGUUAAAGAACGCUACCACCGAAAAGGUAGAAGAGGACAAUACGCAGUCAUCAUCGAGCAAGCAAGGUUCACCCGUGCAUGGCCCGCAUGAGGAUAUCGUUAUCAUGAAGCAGAUUGAGCACGAUUCCCAAUAUACGUAUCAUGAGCUACAUCUUUUUCGGGAGACCGUUUUCCGUAAGCUUGUGCGAGAGAAAGCCAAAGAAAAAGGCACUGACCUUUCGUCUACCAAUGACGACGUCUUUGAGAACAUUGACACUCCAGUAGAAGAAAUUCCAUCAGUGGAUGUAAUGCGCAGCGCACAAAAAGAAAGUGGUGGUUUGUAUGGAUGGAUAACGAGUUUUUUCACGCAGGAAGAAAGUAAAAUGGACAAGGAGGAAGCUUUCGAUUUUCGAAAACUGGACUUGAAGGAUUUUGGAAGUUUGCCAAAGUCAUUCAACGUGAAGGAAAUGGAAGAAGAGAUUCUGGAUGUCCUGCACGAAUCCUGGGAUGAUUCUACGUUGUUAAGACGCGAUAUGCUAUUAGCAGAGAUAGCGAUGCGUCUCGAGCAUAUGACUUUACGCUUCAUUGAUACUAUAAAGCUCGCCCAAGCUGAGCAGCGUCGAGUUCUAGCAAUGGACUUAACCGGUGUGACUUCUCGAGUCGAACUUAGUCCUCGACAGCAUUCCUUGACAGUGUCUCUAGCUGUUAUGGAUAUGGGCAUCCAACGUUUGAGAACGGGACAUCUCCCUCCAAAGGAUGGUCGUGCUUAUGAAGACUUGGACGAGUCAUUCAUGUUUUCGUUAGCUGAAUCAACAAAGAUACUCCUUGCUGUUGGCAAAAAGGACAGUAAUGAUGAGAAUAAUGACCCAAUGUUCAGGAUGUUGUACCGGCGUCGAUCACCUCGUCUGAUUGUACGACAUACCAUAGAGGGGACAUUUCGCCCUGUGUCCGUCAUGUAUGAAGAAAACGCUUUAGCUGGCUUAUCAACAUUGUUCACCGACGAUCCGGCCAUGUUUGUCACGGGUACACAUUCUGACGUAGAUGGCGACUCAGGUGCACAACAGCUGUCCGCUACGGAAUCACAUGUGUUUGUUAAUUUGCACAUACCCAGUGUAACAAUGGAACUGAGACGUCGAGGAUGGACAGAACAAACGCGUUCAUCGUUUGAAUGGGAAGCUGGUGAUCCAUUUGCUUGCUUAAAUGUAAAGAAUGUAUCUAUGGGCUUUGUCACUAGGGAGGCAUAUGUUUCCAAGAUAAAAUUUGGAGUAGGGCACUUAGAGCUGACUGAUUUGAUGGAACGGACGAUCUAUCCUUUGGUUUCCACAGGAAAGGGAGUCUUUGGAAUAAAUAAAACUCUCUCCACUUCUUGUCCCGAUCUUUCGGAAGUUAGUAUUCCUACUGAAAACGUCUCGUCCUCGCUUCCUUCAUCAUCCUUCUUGGACAACUUCCCUUCUGUUCAUACAUCUCGGAAAAUUAGUGGUGCUAUGGAUCCAAGAAAGCCAGUUGAGGAGAAAGAAGCAACAGUGUUAAUCACUAUUGUAGAUCCCAAACAUCCAAAGUUUGAAGCAAAGUACUCCAAGAAGAAUUACGAUGUUGAUAUCGAGUUGAAUGAGUUAGAUAUGGGAAUGAACAGAAGGACAUGGACAGGACUGUUAGACUUGGCUGGUUUACUGGGAGUUGAAGAAGUGGAUGAAGUGACGGAGCCAGAAGCUGAACAAAAUCUCACGAUCAAACCCAAACUCAACCCACUACGUGUCGGUUUUGCCGUACGAGUCGGAUCGUGGCGCAUCGACAUGAACUAUCCUGCUAAUUCGACAAGGUUGGGAGCAGUUCGACUGGAAAACGCAAUGAUGAGCGCUAUGCUAAAAUUAUACGAGGACGUGGAAACGGUGUCAGUGGCGUUGCUUGUCGAUGGUCUACGCAUUGAUGAUCGCACACCGUUCUACUCUGAAUUGUAUCCAGAACGAGUCAUCUUGAGCCAUGGCGGCACUAGCGUUUUGCCUGCACAUGCUGAGAUCAAGAUUUUGAAAUACCUGGGUGAAGAUAGCUCUAGAGAAUGUGAUCUGAGAGUUGAUGUUAUAGUGCCGGAAACAAUGCAGCUGUAUUACAUCCACACUCACAGAUACUUCUGCGCAUUGAUGGAUUUCUGGCUGCAGUUCAAUGAGCUGCAAGACCAAAUUGCCAAGAGCAAACGCCUUAAUGUUGUCGAUGGUAUACGCUCCAAAGUCGCGCUUGAUGUUGAUGUAAAAUGUCCCACGCAUAUUGUGCUGCCCUUAAAUCAGUGUAGUGAUCAACUAGUAGUGAUUGAAUCGGAUGGGCUCAAUCUCAAAAAUACAUUCAAGCCAAUGAGCCGAGUUGACGAUGUCUUCCUAAAGAACUGCAUCGACAACGACUAUGGAUAUGACACAUCCGUUGAUUGCCUUCUUGAUUGCGCCAAGGCUGUGUUGAAAGAAGUACGAGCUUAUGAAGGACGGAGGAUGUUUGUGCCGUUGAGAAAAGAAGAUCAGAGCGCUCGCGUACUUGGACGAGGUGCAUUCGACUCUACUGAAAUUGUGUCGUCUAUGGAAUCUGUAUUCAGUCGUCAUUUUGACCUAUCAGUUGAUGUAUUCAGAAACCUUGAUGGACUUCGAUCACAUAAUGCACCGGAUUUGACUAUCAUAACCAGCAUUGAGAAAUUGACAUGGCGGAUGACAUCGGAUUUCUAUAUCUUGUUUCGUGGUGUGCUUGAGAAGAAUUUUGGCGACACUCUUAUUCCAAUUCCUGAAACGAUACCUAUCGAAAUUCUACAACGGCCAACUACCGGAUGUGAAGUAGGAUCCGAUUCGAAAUAUGCUACGCUCUCCUUCCGCUUGCUGUUAGAUGAAGUGGAACUGGAUUGCAGAGUUCCCCUUCCUGGACACAGGCCAAAUCAAAGCGCGCUGUUUGGCAAGCCUUUUACACCAUUUGCUGCGAUGCAGCUACAGUGUGCUCGUGUCAGCUUCGAUGUCUUUAUUGAUGGUCAAAGUGAGCUUGAUCUGGUAUGUGAAAGCACCAACCUCGUGGAUACGAGAAGAGUGCAAGUUGGUAGUGGUACAAAAAAUCUGUUUUCUACGAUAUUGCAACCUCGGGAGUAUUCUGAUAAGAAAUUUCCACUAAUGUCCGAAGCUCACAUUAUGAUGAGGAAAGACGAAGUGCCGGUGGUUACGCUGGUGUUAAUGCAUUCGCGUGUCAUCCUACUGUACGAUUGGCUGAAUGACGCAAAGAGUUUCGUAUUGCUCAGCAGUGAUUUCGUGCCAAAAUAUCGUGAUGAGAACUUGAAAUAUCCUCCCAAUGGUGGAGUCAUAGCACGAAUGGGAAGUGUACCGCCAGAACAACCGCAGACACUAUCGCUGAAAAUCACUUUGCGAGAUUCUGACUUGUAUCUGCUUGAAAAUCCCAGUAUGCCGAAUAGCUGCGCUAUAGUGGCCACCACCAAUGCUGUAUUGAAUUUGAACGAUGCUGAUGGGGUGAUCUCGGCCAAUUUGGAGAUUCAGAAUAUGUCCAUCGCUUGGUGUUGUAUGCAAGACGAGAGGCGAACUCUAAACCAGUGUUCCAACGAGUUCAGCAUUGGUGUUGGCAUGUCCAUGAAUCAGGUGAUAACGCCGAUCUCAGAGGGUUCCCGAGGGUUACCAUCGCUGGCUAUGAAAAGGCAUUCUGUCGAGGUCGACUUGAAUGGAGUAAUUGGCAGACUAUCUUACAAGGAUAUGCAAGUCCUACGAACGACGAUCGAGGGAUACACGAGGAAUUUCUACGAAAAUAACACUAAGACAAUGAUUCCAGUUAUUGGAAAACCUCCGCCUCCAAAGAUUAUCGAAGUUGGACGGGUGCUGAUCAAAACUGAACGAGCAGACUUAUGGCUACUAGAUGACUUUCAAGGCAAAUCCAUUCCACUACUGAGGAUCUCUUUAUCAAAUGUCUCUGUUGAUCGACAGUCAGAAGAUCGCAUGGUGUCAAGCUUUGCGCUAUCGGUUGACUACUUUAAUCAGAGAGUAUUCGGAUGGGAGCCAUUGUUAGAGAAAUGGUCAGUGCUGAGAUUUCUGAUGUCCAGAAAGGAUAAUACUCACAAUGUGGAUCUGGUUGCGGAAUCAAGAAGCACUCUAGAUAUCAACAUCACUCAGCAGUUAAUGCAGCAAGCAGUGCAGUUCGCUUCACGAUGGUCAGCCAUCCGUGCUUCACUCGAACACGAUGAUUUUCGAAAGAGCUGCGUGAGAUCGCGAUCUGAUCAUUUACCAUAUUCGUUCAAAAAUGAGACAGGAUGUGAAGUUAUCUUCACCACUGCUGUCGAGGACAUCCAGCUGGCUCGGAAAGAGCAACGAAAAGCUAGCGUAAGGUGGAUAACCGUUCCUAAGGACAAAGAGCACACUUUUGAGUUUCCAGCUCGAUUACUAUUAUAUUCGCAUUCUGAGCGUGAGCCUCCUCGUCAGCUAAUUGUCCGAGUGAAUGGUUGGGACGAGAUCUCGCCAGUGCAUGUAGACGCUUGUGGCACCUACUUCAGGCUGGUUAAGGCAACCAAGAAAAAUAUGCCGAUGGCAAGGGUUGUAAUCCGAGUAACUAUGGAAAAAGACGGAAAGAAAGUCGUUGCUGUUAGAUCAUCUAUUGAUAUUUACAAUCAGUUACCUCAUGAGCUUGCUGUAUAUAGCGCUGAAGAAGGAGAAGAACUCAUGCUCAUUCCACCUUCACAAGCAAAACCAGUGCCUUUAACAUUUGCUCAUUGUCAGUUUAUGGUCAGACCUGAAGGUUGUCAAGUGCAGGAGAAGGCGGAAAUUAUCUGGAAAGGCGUGCGUGUCGCUGGAGAGACUGUCAACAAAACGCAGUAUCUGGAAAGUUCCAAAACUUACUAUAAUUACUGGAUGUGCACUUCAGUACGCCGCGAGCAUUAUCCAGACCAUGAAGGUUUGCCUGGUCACUCCAUUUAUGUAGUAGCACCGCUCACCGUUCAGAACCUCUUGCCUAUCGAUGUUGAGAUUCACAUACUGGAUAACGUUUUUCCUGUCGCAGCUGGAAAACAACUGAUGAUAACAACGGUGGACAUAACCAAGACCUUGACAGUUCGAGUAAUCACAGAUCGCCUGAGAACUGUGCAGGAAUGUUAUAUCUCAAAAUCGAAUAUUGGCGAAGGGCAUCUGGUAUCAUUGAGGCUACAAGAUGCAAAGGGACGACCUUUGGAUAUGUACGGCAAUGUUCGCUUAGGUGUGGGCGGAUCCAUAUCUCUUUCCUUAUGGGUGCCUUACUGGAUAGUGAAUAAGUCAGGUAUUCCUUUGAUCUUGAAGCAGGAGGCUACUGAAAACGAGGCUGCUGGACAAAUGUCCGAGCACGAGCAAGCCAAGGAUCGGCAUCCAUUGAUGUUUAGCUUCGCUGAUGAUGGUUGUCCCAAGCAAUGCGUAGUUCGAGUGGGUAACGGAUUAGCCAAGGAGCCGAAUUAUCGUCCGCGUUACAGUCAUAGGUUUGCUCUCACACCUGGUGUGCAAGCUUUGAAGCUAAGUGUUGUGCACGAAAGCUUGCCUACUUUAUACUACAAUAUUGGAGUCGAAGUACGAGCCGGUACAGGGAGAUAUAAGGACACCCAAGUUGUGUUGCUGACUUCACGCUAUGUUAUCAGCAAUCAAUCGUCGUACACGAUAUCUGUGUGCCAUCAUGAUCUUAUUGACCGGCUGUCAGAGCAUGUACACGUUGCCUCUCAGUGCAGCCUGGUAUGGAACGAAAAUUAUGAGGAUUGCCGACAGCUCUGUGUACGGCGAAGUGAUGUCCGUCACUGGAGUUGUCCAUUUCGAAUAGAUCGAAUAGGGUCGUUUCAUAUCACGAUGAGAGACGCUGACGAAACGCCGAGAUUCGUUCGAGUAGAGAUCAUACUCAACAGUGCUGUUUUUUGCGUUACUUUCACUGACGCUGAAUAUUACCCUCCGCCAAUUCGGAUAGAAAACCAUUCUGACGUGCCCGUUUUAUACCAGCAGCAAUCGGAAGGUCCUAUCGGACAGCACCUGAGGACAAUCUGUAAAGCACGAAGUCAUAUAGAUUACGCUUGGGAUGAUUUGUACGGGAGUCGAAGAAUAGUUCUACAGGUCUACGAGAACAAAAGCCAUGUUUACGAUCCGUCGGUGAAGGGAAUUGGACCGCAGCUUGUCUACGAGAAUCAUAUGUACAUUCAGCUAGCGUCUUCCUUCAAUGGCACAUCGAUCUCAAAAAGAACCGAAGAGAAUGAACUCGUCCUUGAAACAUUACAAAAAGGCAAAGUCAUUUUGAACAAGCAAAACAGAGUGGAUGCGAACAACGGUAAUCAGUUAUGGAUUUUCUGCAAGGAUGGAUGCAUCGAAAACAUAGGAAUGACCUUCAGAGCUAGGACAAGAAUGGUACUCGAUGUUUUGGAGCGAAUGAGUUUCCAGCUGAUGAUGACUCCUCGACAGUCAUCGCGAGAUAAAUUCCAAAAGUGGACGUUAACAGCGGACGGAACUCUUUGCUGUCCAGGGCUUCCCGGUAUGGCUGUAACACAUCGUGCACCUGAAAUCUGCAUGGCGAAGUGCGACACAAGUCGGGGUGAAGUGACAGAUCCAUCUUCGCAGAUUUGGCGAAUACAGCGGCAGAGACCUGGUAGUGGCAUUCUGGAAGUGGAAUGCUUACACAAUGGUCCUACGUUGGUCGUGAGAAUAACUGAUCGAGAGGAUCGUAUGAGAAAUAUGUCAGUACCGUCGUUUUCCAGGCCAGCUAAACCAGCCGGACUGGAAAUGAAUGUGACUAUGCGCGCCGGUCUCGGCAUUUCACUGGUGAAUGGAAACCACGAGGAACUAAUCUAUGCACGAUUCGAAGGCAUCGUUUUGAGUGCAAAGCGUCUCGAGGACACUUACCUGAUGACGGGAAGCGUAGACAAGCUUCAGAUUGACAAUCAGCUGCUCUACUCUGAUCGGUGGCAAGUACUGUACUGCCAGCCUGAAGUAAUUGGACUAGAUGAAGAGGGUAGUGGAGCGUACAUAAAUGGAGAUUUACCUCCUGGCGUAUGUGGAACGCCGCGACCUGCAUUGAAAUUGGAGAUGAAUUGCACUCCGAAGAAACACUACGACGCUUUUGAUUGUUUCCGUCUGAAAUUAUGUGAUCUCGAUGUGCAGCUGGAUGAAUUAUUGCUAUGGAAGCUUGUCCAGUUUGCCCAAGCGUCAGAUGCAGCAUCGAGUGUCCAGCAGAAAACUCUCAGUCUACCUCCAAAUACUGACUUAGAAAGACCGGAUCCACUACGCACAAGAAGAUGGUACUUCGGAAAUCUGAUUCUCGAAAUGGGGCAGAUAAACUUGAGUGUGGUAACUGUGUCAAAGUCCAGCCUGCCGCUUGAAUGUCGGCAACUAAAACAGCAGUUCAAUAUGAAGCUUGUUUCGUUUGAAAAUGCGACUGUCAGUUUGCCGCCAUUUCGUCAAUUUCAUUACUUUGAGACAAGCUCAUUUUUGCUAGAAAGUCUGCAGAAAUUCUAUUUCGCUGAACUACAAAAGCAGACUUUGAACAUCGUGGUAACAUUAGAUGCUUUUGGAAACCCACAGGGGCUGGUCACUGAUCUGAAGGAUUCAUUCCAGGGUUUGUUCAUUGAAGGGGAUUUACAGAGAUUUGUUGCUGGUCUCGGUUACGGGGUCUCGAACAGCAUAUCUAAGUUGGCCUCGUCCGCGGCUUCUGGCGUAGGCGCAUUAACCUUUGAUCAAGAACAUGAAGCGAAAAGACGGCAUAACUUAAUACGAUCUCACAGUACAACUACAACACCUUUGUCGCAUCUAUACUCUGGUGUGAAAGGACUUGGUGUAGGUGUUCUUGGCGGCAUGACUGCUAUCGUGACGAACACCAUUGCCGAAAGUCGCAAGAGCGGAAUAAUGACGGGUGCAAUCCGGGGAAUAACAACAGGAGCUGUUGACACCGUAACGAAACCUGUGCAAGGGCUGUUUGAUCUUGUGGAAGGGACAGCUUCAGCCAUGAAGGAGUUAGCUGGACCAUCGACAAGCAGUGGCCGGCGAGCUGCUGCUAGCGGGAGGAUACGACCACCACGAUUGUGUCGUAACCUUUAUCAUCUUCUCCCUCCUUACAGUAUACAGCUGGCAAAGGCUCAAAUGGAAAUGCUUCGGAUCAAUGGAUAUUCAACCAAAGAAAGGCUUCUUGAUGUUGAAGUAUGUCUUGAGCAGUUCAAAGGAGAAGAUUUGAUUCGGCAAUAUGUACUGAUAUCAACGAGACAAUGUUAUGUCUGCCGGCAGGUCAAUGCAGAACCGUCUAGCGUAAUUUUGCGGAUUCCGUACAAAUAUUUGAAGAGCGUCCAACCUCAACCAGAAUUGGAGAAUUCAUUAGCAAGUCUAGAGGUCAUUCUUGACACUGACGACCGCAGAACUCGUCCUUCACAUGUAUGGUGCGGCAGAUUUGAGGUGGCUAGGCGUUUAGCGGAGAAAAUGAUGCGAGCCAAGCACGAAUAUGACCAUAGCAAACGAACGCUUACCGCUCAAGAAUCUGAGAUUGGCUAG